GUGCCCCGUGUCAGCAACUCCUCAUGAUGCUGCGGUAAGGACACGGCCAUUAUGAGAAGCUCUCGAGGAUGAAGCCUGCCGCCAGCGGCGCUGCAGAUCCGCCAUCAUCGUCAGCAUCAUCACCAGACAGUAACGCAGGGAGGAGGAGGAGGAGGAGGAGGAGGAGGCAGCAGCACCGGGCUCCGUCGCCGGCUACAGCCCAGGAAGGGGCAACCAAGCGAACCCCCAGACACCCAGACAGGUGCGGGUCUCCUCUUACCGCGGGAAGGAGCCGGGACGUCGGGGUGACGGAGAGCCUGAGGGCCGCGGACGGAGAGGAGAGGGGGCCCAGGGGCCGCGGCGCGGCAGCUGUUCAGCCGGAUGGUGCUGAAGCUGCUGUAGUCGGACCAAACAGGGCGGAUGCUGUCGGGGAAAAUCCCACGGAUUCAUCAGCACCGGCCCGUCGCUCCGCUUUGCGCCUACCCUGCUUUAAAAGCGACCCCAUCCAGCGUCUGUUGGCGGCUUCCCUCUCGGGGGGGGUGAGCCCCGGAGAAGAGGGCAGCAGCCACCGGGGCAGAGGCGGCGGAGCCGUGGGCUGCGGAGCGGGCCUCGGCUUGGGUUUGUGGAGCGGAGGAUGCUUGCAGGCUGAACUGAUCCACUUCCAUCUGCACAAGAAACUGAAGAGGAGCGGUGCGAGGAUGCAAACCAGGGCGGAAACCAUGGGCGCGGGCGAGGAGGCCGCGCGGGGAGAGCUGGAGCCGGCUGCGGAGGCGACAGAGGCGGAGUCCGUGACACAGCAGGACCAGGCCUUCGAGGACGAGAUGGAGAGACUGCUGGAUGAAAAUGAGGAUCUCAAGUGCGAGAUUGAGGAGAUGAGGACCGAGAUGGACGAGAUGAGAGACACUUUCUACGAGGAGGACACUUGUCAGCUGCAGGAGAUGAGGCGUGAGCUGGAGAGAGCCAAUAAAAACUGCCGGAUCCUGCAGUAUCGUCUGCGGAAGGCGGAGAGGAAGAGGCUGCGCUACGCCCAGACGGGGGAGAUUGAUGAGGAGCUGCUCAGGAGUCUGGAGCAGGACCUGAAGGUGGCGAAGGACGUGUCUGUGAGGCUGCACCACGAGCUGGAAAAGGUGGAGGAGAAACGCACCAAGACGGAAGAGGAGAAUGAAAAACUGAGACAAAAACUCAUAGAGGUGGAAGUGACCAAACAAGCUCUGCAGAACGAACUAGACAAAACCAAAGAGUCUCAGAAGAGGAGAGGAAGCAAAGACAUCCAGAAGACUGACAAGAAAGCAGCACAGACUCCCACUGAGGAGGACAACGAGGACCUGAAGUGCCAGCUAGCAUUCAUCAAAGAGGAGGCCGUGCUCAUGAGAAAGAAGACCGCCAAGAUUGACAAGGAGAAGGACAGAUUGGAGCAAGAGCUGCAGAAGUACCGCUCCUUCUAUGGAGAACUGGACAGCACCCAUCCCAAAGGAGAGGCCGGGGGGCCACCCACCACCCGCGAGUCAGAGCUGAAGCUACGGCUCCGCCUGGUGGAGGAAGAGGCCAACAUCCUGGGGAGGAAGAUUGUUGAGCUGGAGGUUGAGAACCGAGGCCUGAGGGCCGAGCUCGAUGACCUCCGUGGUGAAGGAGAAGGAGCGGGCAGCUCUGAGUGUGGAGCGAUGGGCGGGCCGGGCACAGGGCGAGGCCUGGGGGAUGACCUGACGGAGCUUCGACAGCAGCUGCAGUUGGUGGAGGACGAGGCAGAGCUGCUCAGGAGGAACCUGGCCGACGCCGAGGAGCAGAACACGAGGGUGACCACAGAGCUGAACAAGUUACGGUUCAAAGCAGGAACCCACGAGGGAGGCGGCAGGCACGGAGGAGGAGGUGCAGGGAUUGACGGAGCGAAGGUUGAAGCUCUGCAGGAGGAGCUGAAGGCAGCAAGGCUACAGAUUAAUGACCUAAGUGGAAAGGUAAUGCAGCUGCAGUACGAGAACCGCGUGCUCCUCUCCAACAUGCAGCGUUAUGACCUGGCCUCCCAUCUCUCCCUGCGGCCCAGCCCACGGGACAGCGACGCAGAGAGCGACGCCGGCGGUGCAACAAGUGGCCGCCGCGAGAGCGACGAAGACUCCUCCUCCUCCCGCCUGCUGCCACCGCACCGCAAACGCGAGGGCCCUGUGGGCGGGGAAAGUGACUCGGAUGAGGUCAGAAACAAUAACGGCAGCAGCCGUUGUCUGACGCCCACACGUGGCCUCUACACCCCCACCGGGCCCGAGGGCGCCGCCGCCUCCUCUGCCCUCGCCCGCUUCUUGCCUGGUGGCCGGUGCAGCCUGCGAGACAGGCAGCAAUUGAUCGACAUCAGAGUGGAGGCGGAGAGGCUUGUCCGGACCAUCGACCGGCUCAUCGCCGACACGGCCACCAUCAUCUCCGAGGCGAGGGUUUUCGUUUCUAAUGGCGACCUGAUGCUCGGGAGAGGAGGGGAGGAGGGGGCAGAGGAUGAUGGGACCAGGAUAAGGGAACAUGAGCUGCUGUAUCGCAUUAACGCUCAGAUGAAGGCCUUCAGGAAAGAGCUGCAGGCCUUUAUAGACAAACUGGAAGUGCCGAGGCUGGAGGACAGAGACACAGAGGAGCCACUGUCGAUGUUCCAGCCCAUCAUUUUGCUCAUCCUCAUACUCGUGUUAUUCUCAUCGCUCUCUUACGCCACCAUCUUUAAACUCGUCUUUCUUUUCACUCUUUUCUUCGUUCUGUGACGUGCAUCUCCCUUUAUUGCAUAAUUCCAUGUUUGUUUUGUUGCUCUGUUGAUUUCCUUCCCCCCCCCCACAUCAUUUGUUGCCAAGGUAACCUAAAGCACAGAAAAAAAGCUCAGCACCUGCCGCGGCUGCGCUCACACUCAAGGAGCUGUGGCAAGGUUCAACACUGGAGUUUACAUUACCCAUAACACAUCACUGUCUGUAUCAGUCCCUUGAGAAGGAUGACUCUUGCUGUGCCAUCCUGCUGUUCCUGUCUGAAGGGGGAAGUAAGGAUGAAGUUUGUUUUUAUCCCUCUCCUUAACUCCUGAUUUGCCUACGUAUUAGGGAACACAACAGGUGGAGGGGACGAUGGCGAUGAUCCAGUGGGCUUCAAACUGGAAGGAAUGCUGAUGACCAUGUCGAGUGCCAAAUGUCAGCUAGUGUCCGGGGGCCCAAGAAUUCCCAACAGGACCACCGAUUAGUAAUUGAUGGCGUGGCAGAUAAACAGUAGCAACUGUCUUCAGACGUCACUGCAGCAGGAUGAGUCAAGAACACAGUCACGGGUUCGGGUUACUCCCGAACAUUGUAUGAGAUUUCACACUCUUUUUGCUCUUUUGCACAUUUGCAAAUGAGAGGAGGUAUGCAAAGCCUGUAUUGAUUAUAUGACGUGAAUCUCAUUUUCCAGUACAUUUCAUAAAAUAAUUAAA